CGCUCUGCACCCCAUGCGCCCCGCAUCCCCGCGUUCCCCGAGGCUCAGGUCCGGGCACACUCACCCGUAUCCCUGCCGCCCACGCCGCGGGCGGUCACUGUACGCAAAACCGGAGCCCGCCGCGCGUCUCCUCCUCCUCCUCUGGCUGGCCUCAAGGGCCAGGUGUGGCGCACCUGAGGUGUGCGGGCGUCCGCGAGACAGGUGACAGUGGCCUCUCACAUUCAUGGGAUCACAGACAAAGAGAGUCCUGCUCACUCCCCUCAUGCAUUCAGCUCGCCCCUUCCGAGUCUCCAACCAUGACAGAAGCAGCCGGCGGGGAGUGAUGGCCAGCAGUCUGAAGGAGCUCCUGAGCAAGACUCUGGAUGCCCUACUUAUCACCAGCGGGUUGGUCACUUUGGUGCUGGAGGAAGAUGGCACCAUGGUAGACACAGAAGAGUUCUUUCAGACCUUGGGAGAUAACACACAUUUCAUGAUCUUGGAAAAAGGACAGAAGUGGACACCGAGUAGUACCUACGUCCCCACUCGCCAGCAGCCAAAGAAAUCAGGAAUAGCAAGAGUCACCUUUGACUUGUACAAGCUGAGUCCCAAAGAUGUCAUCGGCUGCCUCAAUGUGAAGGCCACCAUGUAUGAGAUGUAUUCGGUGUCCUAUGACUUCCGGUGUACGGGGCUCAAGGCCCUGCUAAGGAGCCUGCUGCGAUUCCUGUCCCAUGCAGCCCAGGUGACCGGACAUUUUCUUAUCUACACGGGCAAGCACAUGCUCCGAGUGCUGGGUGACACGGAAGAGCAGACUUCUCCCAGGCUACACUCCAGGCAGAAAUUCAGGGUUGCAUAGGGGCUCAUCUGGCCUUGACCCAUACAUUCCCUUUCAAAUGACAAAUUUUGAAGAUGCUCAUGUUCACUGAUAUACCAUAUACAUGUGCACUUGUAGGCUGUCUGUCACUUCUGCUGUGGUACCCAGGUGAAAGAAAAGAGGCUUGAUGGCACAUGAUAUAGGAUGCCCUGAAGGGGAGGAGACGUGUCAGGGCCCAUCUGGGGAGGAAGGGACACAACAGCAGGAAUGUCUUGGAUGGCUAAGGAGCAACAUGCACAUGCAUUAGGCCCUUUUGUCUCCUCAUCUCCUGCAAUAAACCAAUCACAAGAAUUA